AGUUUUUAUAACGUGACACGUCGGGGCCACUUCACGAUGGAAUAUCUCACGUGAUUUCACUCCUUUCUCUGUCAUGCCGCUAGAUGUCGCAUGAUCGCGACCGUAUCAAAUAGUGCGAUGUUUCUAGCGGCAUCUAGUGGCACGACCGAGAAAGACGCAAAAUCACGCAAAAUGCCGUGAGAUAUUCCAUACCCUGAUAGGCCCUGACGCGCCACAUUAUUAAAAUCGAAGUAUAGAGGGAUCGUUGUGAUGGAGUGUAGGUGCUCUGUGGUUCCAGCUGAUCGCAGCGAUAAUAACUGUCAUUGAAACAUUAUAGAGAAAUUGUGUUGUGGCAACUGUCAAAAAUAAUUAUGGCUAAAUCGAACAAAAAGGAACAUAUUUUUGGGCCACUUAAAUUUCCUGAUACUUCUUCCAAAACAACUUUAGAGACUUUUGCAUUUAAUGGAGACUGCAUGACUUGUUGUAUUUUGUGUGAUUCAACAUUCAUGUUACCUGAGCAGAAAGACAGUCUUUUAAUGCAUAUGUUUAAAACUCACAAGUUUGUAAUUGCAGAUGUGGAUAAUAUUGCUUGUUUGAAAAGUUAUGCAGAUUAUUGGAGAACACGUUUUGCGGAAAAGCCCUUACCAUAUUUUUGUACAACUAUGUUGUGUGAUACUGACAAUGGAAGUGGUGCAAAGGAAGAAUAUUUUUUGCUAUCAGAUAUUGUUCCAGAAGACAAAUUACUGAGAGAAGGUCUUCAAAAGAAACGUCUCGAAUGGAUUUUAGAUGUUCAAGCGAAAGAAAGGGAAACUCCAAUAUCCCGAUCGUGUAUAAUGUGUAGAUUACAUUUUGAAGGACGAAGAGCUGAUUAUUUCACUCAUUUACAUGAAAAGCAUAAUUUGCAUCUAGGUUCUCCGGAAAAUUUGGUGUUUACUGAUAAAUUGCUUGAUGCUGUUGAAAAUAUGAUGGAAAAAUUGCAGUGCAUAUUUUGUGAAGGCUAUUUCAAAGAACGAAACAUUUUGAAGGAGCACAUGAGGAAAAAGCAACAUAAACGUAUAAAUCCAAAUAACAAGUCAUACGAUCGUUUUUAUGUAGUGAAUUAUUUGGAAAUGGGAAAGAAUUGGCAAGAAGUGCAGGAUGAACGCGAUGAACCUGAUGUUUUGGAUGACAGAACAGAUUGGUCAGAUUGGGAGGAGGAAAAUGUAGAGCCUAAAAUUGUGUGCCUUUUCUGUGAUGAAGGAAGAUCUAAUUUUGAAGAUACUUUAGAUCAUAUGUCUCAAAGUCACGGUUUUCAAUAUAAGGAUAUCUGCAGUUCGUACAAUUUAAAUUUUUAUCAACAGAUCAAAUUAGUGAAUUACAUUCGUCUUCAAAUGUAUAACUUAAAAUGUUCAUAUUGUGACAAAGCAUUUGGUAUCAAAAAGGAACUAUUAGUACACAUGACUGAGGAGAACCACUACAAAAUUCCGGAAUCUGCAGUGUGGGAUCAACCAGAACAACUGGUGAUACCGUAAUGAAAAUACAUCAGAAUAGUUCAUGAAAAUAUUAUGUUAAAAGAUGAUACGAUUUCCUCUGGAUAUGCCACAAUUUAUUUGUAAAUUUGUUUUAGUGAAGACAUCUAAAAACAUUAAAAUAUGUUAUUGUUUUUUGAAGAAAGAAAUAUUGUGAACUUUUCUCAGAUGAAUUAAUGACAUUCAGCUGUAUUCUUUGUGUUGUGUUGUUUGGCAUUUUUAAUUUAAAAAUUUUGCAUGAUGUUGAAGUUUCCUUGUAAGGUUAAUCCCUUAAAAAGGUUGUUACCAGAACCAUGGGGUCUGUUUGAUCCCAGUUUGAAUUUUAUCUGGAUACCAGAAACAUUGUUUGAUAACGUACAACAACUUUGUAAAAGAUUAUAAUAUCUUUAAUUAAAACAGUGGCCCAUUGGAAUCGAAUUGAACCUCCCCCAUUAAUAAAACAUUGAUACAGAAAGAAUAAAAAUGUAUGCAACAUUUUUUUAGGAUGUUCAGGGAUGCUUACAUGAAAAGUAUUUGCAAAAUUCUGGAUAAAUAGUGAAGGUCAAAAGGAUCUCAUGUUGGCAUGCAAAGGUGAAACAAAUGGAUGUAUUGCAAUUAUUAAAAAUUCAAAAUGUUUAGUUUAUAAAACUAUGAGUGUUGUUAAGUGAAAUUUGUUUCUCUUUAGUUGCUUAUCUUGUAAGUUAUACAGUACCUUGGCAAGUGAGUAUUUGGAUUUCAUGAGUUCGAUAAACUGAGAAGAGAGAAUAUUAUAAGCAGUUUUCUGAAUAAAGUUUAUUUUUAUUGUUCUUUUAUCAUAAUCUAGUUUGCAACCAUCUUUCAAACUUACCUAGCAUCCGCACUUAGAUUAACUUGAGAUUGGUAUUAGUUAAUAAUUAUUUCAAACCUGAUUCAGGUAAGAAUACAUAUGGUAGAGUAACAGAUACAGCAGAUAAAAGCAGAUUACUGAUGAUAAAAAUAAGAACUAGUGAAUCAUUAGAUAAAAUUUGAAGCUGUUGUAUACAAAAAUGCAUUAAAUCGCAUAGGAAUAAGCACCCAUUUAUUUAUAAUAUUAAAGAUGUGGGAGAGGUUUGCAAAAUAGUAUGUAUAAUUUAAUACAUCACACCUCUCAUUUUAUAAACAUCAAAGUGUGUUCUAAAUUCUAACAAUUAGUACGAAUUAUGUUCCUGUCUGAGCUUGUGCAGGUGUGGCACCAGGUAUCAGCCACAUGAUUGCAAGCUCUUAGGAGUGUAAAGUACAGUGAGUGAAAUAAUUUAAUAAUUGUGACAUGAAUAAAAAAUGAGGAGCGUUGUUUCAAAUUGUACUAUGUCCACUACUAGAUAAAAAUUAGUUUGACAUCUUUUUGUUGUGUAUUUUUAAGUGCUCUAUCAUUCUGUACACUCAAAUCGCAUUCUACCCUUGCGUAAAUGAAGCUUGAAAAACUGUGGUUGUU